AAAAAAUCGAAUUUGGGGGGCUGACGUGGAAGUUUGUUUGCUUAAAUUUCUUCGAAAAUUACGUGAAUUCCGUGCGCCAGGCACCGAAAGUUGCAUCCAAUUGCACUUUAAAAGCCAUUCAAUACUCCGUGCGCCUCAAACACGGCCGAAUAACUUCGCUGUUCGACACAAAACGCGUCCAAAACGAACUUUGAGCUUCAACAAUUUGAGUGUGAAAGUUGUCGUGUGCAGUGCCAAGCCAAGUCUGUGUGGCUUUUAUGUGCUCAUUUCUGAAACUACCGCAAGCCAAUACGUAAAGUAAUGAAUCCAAACAUGUAUGGAGCGCCACCAGCGCAAUUUCAGCAGCCACCACUGCCGCCGCAACAACAACAGCAGCAAUAUGCUCCACCUCCGCCUACUGGUGUGAGCGGGGGAGUAACGGGCUGGCCCCAACAGCAGCCGCCGCCGCCGCUGCAACAACAACAGCAGCAGCAAACAGCGCCAGCGCAGCAGUUGCCGCCGCAGCAACAGCCACAACAACAACAACAACAAUAUGGUGUGCCAUCGUCAGCAGCGCCUCCGAAUUCUUUAGCUUCGGCUCCCCCCACUUCGCAAGCCUACCUAAACGGCAAUUAUCAACAGCAGUUGGCCACGUCGAUGGGUGGCUUGAGCAUGGGCGCGAAUCCUUUGAAGUCGCCGCUGGCCCCUGCCGCCACUCCGUACAAUCAAUUUAAUGCAAAUGCUCCACCACCAGCAGCGGCACAGCUCAAUGGACCACCAGCGGGUGCAGUGCCAACAAGUUUGCCAAGCACGCUGCCCAUAAACAACAACAUUCCCUAUGGUGCAGGACCCACAAAUGGAUUGGCUAAUGCAACCGGUGCACCGCCGCCACAGCUGUACCCACCCACUUCGGCAGCCAACAUGCAGCAGGCGCCGUCGCGAACCGCCACCCCACAAAGCGUGCAGGGUGGUCCGAAUCAAAUGACCCUAAACAGCGCCAAUGUUUCGGGAUUGCCACACAUGCCUCCGAAGCCCGGUGCGCCAAUACCGCCAGCUGCAGCUGCACCACCGCCAGCAGUUUUUAUGCCCGGACAAAUUCCAGUAUCGGCAGGAGUACCACAGGGAGCGGCACCAGCUCCUUACGGCUCACAGGCGCCACAAACUCCGGUUGCGCGUCCAGCUCAAGCUUUGCCACCACAAUCUAGUGCACCACCAACAGUAGCUCCAGCAGCAGCAGGACCACCGCAGUUCGGACAACGUCCACAAUAUCCGCAAGGUGGCAUGCCGCCAAUGCCACAACCAGGACUACAGCCGUAUGGCGCGCAGCCCCCUAGUUAUGCAGGUGGUUUUCCAGGACAAUUCUCCGGUGUGCCACCACUGGUCGGACAACCGCCAUUGCCUGGCCAGCCACCACUACCAGGACAGCAGCCCCCGGGGCCACCUUCCCAAUUCGGCGCGGGACCACCUCCAAUACCUGGACAACCGCCAGCAGCAGCAAGCGGCUAUCCACCGCAGCCAGGACAGCCACCGGCGCAGGGCUAUCCGCCACAACCAACAGGUGGGUAUCCCGGCCAAAUGGGACCACCACAACCAGGAUACGGUCAACCACCUAUGCCCGGAUACCAACAGGCACCACAGCAGCGUCCUCGUCUCGAUCCGGACCAAAUGCCCAACCCCAUUCAGGUUAUGAUAGAAAAUCAACGUGUGGCCGGUGGUCCGUUUGUGACAAAUCAACCUGGUCUGUUGCCACCGCUGGUCACCACCAAGUUUGUGGUGCACGAUCAGGGCAACUCGUCGCCGCGUUUCAUGCGGUCUUCGCUCUACUGCAUCCCCAACACAGGCGACCUACUGAAAACCACAGCGCUUCCAUUCACGCUCAAUAUUUCGCCGCUCGCACGCAUUGGCGAGGGUGAAAUGGAUCCGCCUAUUGUCAAUUUUGGCGAUAUCGGACCCAUUCGUUGCAAUCGCUGCAAAGCCUACAUGUCGCCCAAUAUGCAAUUUGUGGACGCCGGCCGUCGCUUCCAGUGUCUCAUGUGCAAGGUGACCUCAGAUGUACAUCCCGACUAUUAUCAGCAUUUGGAUCACACCGGACAGCGUGUGGAUAAACAUGAGAGGCCUGAAUUGCUGCUGGGCACAUACGAAUUUCUGGCCACCAAGGAUUAUUGUCGCAACAACACACCACCCGAGGUGCCUGCUUUCAUAUUUAUCAUAGACGUAUCGUAUAACACCGUAAAGUCUGGGCUCGUACAUCUUCUGUGUUCGCAAAUCAAGCACAUACUCAAGCAUCUGCCGGUGGAUCAGGGUCAGGAUAAGUCGAGCGUACGCGUCGGUUUCAUCACCUAUAACAGCACCGUCCACUUCUACAAUAUUAAGAGCAGUCUGGCACAGCCUCAGAUGAUGGUUGUUGGGGAUGUGCAAGAAAUGUUUAUGCCACUGCUCGAUGGUUUCCUUUGUCAUCCUGAAGAAUCGGCUGCUGUUAUUGAUGCUCUGAUGGAGGAAAUACCACGCAUGUUUGUUGAUACUAAGGAGACGGAGACCAUAUUGUAUCCGGCCAUACAGGCGGGUCUGGAAGCUCUGAAAGCCUCCAAUGCAGCUGGCAAGCUGUUGGUAUUCAACUCUACGCUGCCCAUUGCAGAGGCACCGGGCAAGCUAAAGAAUCGCGACGAUCGCAAACUACUGGGCACGGAUAAGGAGAAAACGGUACUGACUCCUCAGACCACGGCGUACAAUCAGCUGGGCCAGGAGUGUGUGCAGCAAGGCUGCUCUGUGGAUUUGUUUGUCUUCAACAAUGCCUACAUAGAUAUUGCGACUAUUGGUCAGGUGCCACGCCUAACUGGCGGCGAAGUCUACAAAUAUACUUAUUUCCAGGCCGACAUUGAUGGCAAGCGCUUGAUUGAGGACAUCAUUAAGAACGUUUCACGUCCCAUUGCCUUCGAUGCCGUCAUGCGUGUUCGCACCUCGGCAGGCAUACGCCCCACUGAGUUCUUUGGCCACUUCUACAUGUCCAAUACCACCGAUGUGGAGCUGGCCAGUGUUGAUGCCACCAAGUCUAUCUGCAUUGAAAUCAAACACGAUGACAAGCUGCCGCCUGAGGAGAACGUCUACUUACAGGUUGCAUUGCUCUACACAUCCUGCAGCGGUCAGCGACGUCUGCGCAUUCUAAAUUUGGCUCUACGUGUGACUGUUACUAUUGCGGAUGUCUUCAAGAGCUGCGAUCUGGACGCCAUGAUGCUCUUCUUUGCCAAACAAGCCUGCUUCAAGCUGAUGGAGCUCACGCCCAAGCAGGUGAAGGACAAUCUGAUACAUCGCGCGGCACAGAUAUUAGCCUGUUAUCGCAAGCAUUGCACAUCCCCCACAUCUGCGGGUCAACUCAUUCUGCCGGAGUGUCUGAAACUGCUGCCGCUCUAUUCAUCCUGUUUGCUGAAGAACGAUGCUGUUUCCGGUGGCUCUGAUAUGACCUUAGACGAUCGCUCAUAUGUCAUUCAGUUUGUACUCUCGAUGGAUCUAAAUAUGUCGGUCAACUAUCUAUAUCCACGCUUCAUUCCAAUACACACUGUGGAACCGGAUGAGACCGAAUUGCCAACACCAGUGCGCUGCACGCACGAAAAGAUGAUGGAGGAUGGCGCAUACAUAUUGGAGAACGGCGUAUAUCUGUUCAUCUGGCUGGGACAGUCAUUGUCAUCAUCCUUUGUUCAACCACUCUUUGGUGUGCAGUGCACGCAGCAGGUGAAUGCGGAGCGAUUCGCCAUAACUGCAGACACUCCGCUGGCUCGCCGCAUCAACGGCAUCAUCAACACUAUAAUGGCGGAACGUACGCGCUACAUGAGGAUUACCUGCGUGCGUCAAAAUGAUAAACUGGAGAGCGUAUACCGUCACUUCCUUAUUGAGGAUCGCGGCACAGACGGCUCGGCCAGCUAUGUUGAUUUCCUGUGUCACAUGCACAAGGAAAUUAAAGAUCUGUUAAGUUAGCACGUAGGCUAUACAUAUAAGCUUCCAGCGUCCUCAAGCGCAGCUCAACAGCAGCGAUCACCGGACAUUUGGGCCAGCAGCUAUUCACAGAACCGAGCGCGCAUGCGUCGUCUGUCAAGUAUGCGGCAUCGCAUGGUUAAAUGAGCAAACGCUGGUGCUUGGAAAACAAAAUUAAAAACCAACAAUACACAUAUAUUUAUAGCAUACAACAGACAAAAAAAAUCAACAAACAAUAUUCAAUUAUGUGUGUAAAACGAUAGGAGUGCUGACAUCAUUUCACGCGCAUCAAUCUUCCAUUAUUUUUAACUAAAGUUUAAACAAUUUUUGCAUGUCUUUUCUUUCAAUAUUUUUGUCAGCCCAUUUAGAAAAUUAUAUUUAUCGUAUAUGUUUGAUUCGUGCUUGAAAUCGAUUAUUGCCAAUGGCACACUUAUUAGAGAAUUGAAUUCCGUGAAUAGAUAUUUUUAAUCUAAUUAAAAAUAGAAUCAUCUGACGCGCAAUUCCUUUAGUUGAAAACUCCCCACUUACACUUUGUUGAGAAAGCAAGCCAUUGGAUGAUUACAGCAACCGUAGCAGGAGAAGCAGCAUAGGAUUAAUUCUUUACUGUAAUUACAUAAGGCUUACGAUAUCUGAUUUAUUGGCCUAUAGUCGAAAAAUAAGAAGGAUGUAAUAAAUCGGGCAAUACUGAGUAA